AUGUUUUCACAUGCAAAAAAUCCAACCACGGUAGAGAACUUAUCUAAACCUUUGACUAGAGCAACCCAAGCUGCUGCUACCCAUUUGUCACAAUCUACCACAGCCAAAACUGCUGCCAGAUUUUACUCACAUUAUCCCUUUCCAUCCAUCCCAAGACCUAAAAGAAAUGUUUUAUACUACAACACAUACUAUUAUGGAUCACAGUUGAAAAAUGGCAUCAAGGGUAAGCUACCCCCAAUUAGGAAGUUUUCGCAAACAUACUAUCAGAACCAGUUGAAUGGAAGUUCUGCCUCAACAAACACUACACAACCAAAACACCAGUUGAUCAAAUAUAUUGCGCUUUUUUCAAUCAGUUUCAUAUUUUAUGGUGUUUCUGCAAAAAUAUAUCAUCAAGCCAGAUCUAGACAAGGUGAUGAAGACUCAGAUAGUGAUAGCGAAGAUGGAGAAAGAAAAAUCAAACCAAGUCAUUCAUGGCAAUUUUUCUGUUACAGCACACUACCUUUGAAUGCUAUUUCAAGACUUUGGGGCCAAAUCAAUAGUAUUGAUUUACCUGUUUGGUUGAGAGGUCCUGGCUACAAGUUUUAUUCCUAUUGUUUUGGUGCCAAUUUGGAUGAGAUUAAAGAAACUGACUUAUCUAAUUUCAAGAAUUUAAGUGAUUUUUUCUACAGGGAAUUAAAAGAUGGGGUUAGACCAAUUGCUAAAGAUUCUGAUAUAGUCUGCCCAAGCGAUGGUAAAGUCCUGCAAUUUGGUGUCAUAGAUGAUGGUAACAUUGAGCAAGUCAAAGGUAUGACCUAUUCCAUUGAUUCAUUUUUAGGUGAUGCAACAAAUACAAAGUUAGCUGCUCCAUCCCAUCAAAUCAAUUUUGACCAUCACGAUGAAGCCGAAGUUUUGAAAAGACAUGGCGAAUUCGCUGAAAUUAAUGGAAUUUCAUACUCAUUAGAUGAUAUACUUGGUGGUGAAGGUAAAAAUGUUCAUCAUUUGAAAAAAAUCAUCUAUAAGGAAGAAGGUGAUAAAUCAGUUGAGGUUGGCUCUAAAAAAGUUUUAGAAGUUGCCAAUGAGUUAACUCAAGAUAAAUCUUCAAUCAAGAAAGAUGAUAAAGAGUUAUUUUUCGCAGUGAUUUACUUAGCCCCAGGCGAUUACCAUAGAUACCAUUCACCAACUGACUGGGUUGUUACAUUAAGACGUCAUUUUAUUGGUGAAUUAUACAGUGUUGCUCCAUAUUUUCAAAGAACUCUAUCUAACUUAUUUGUUUUGAAUGAAAGAGUUUCUUUAUUAGGAUACUGGAAAUAUGGAUUUUUCAGUAUGACCCCAGUUGGUGCUACAAAUGUUGGUAGUAUCAAAGUUAAUUUUGAUAAAGACUUGACAACAAAUACCAGAUAUCAAAGUCCACAUUACAAAGAUACCAAUGACCAACCAGUGAAGACCAAAAAGCACACCUGUUAUGAAGCAACUUAUUCAAAAGCGAGUCCUUUAUUAGGUGGGUAUCCAGUUACCAAAGGUCAAGAAGUUGGUGGAUUUAUGUUGGGUUCCACUGUUGUUUUAGUGUUUGAGGCUCCUAAAAGCUUUAAAUUCAACAUUGAAAAAGGUCAAAAAGUUAAAAUGGGUCAAAGUUUAGGAACUGCUUCCCAAUAG